CACCCCCGAGAGGAAAAUGGUGGCCAGCGGGUUGCUGAGGAGAUCCCUGUUAGUUGCUGCUGAAUUGUGGUGGAGGAGGAGGAGGGUGCCAUGUUUGUCCAUUUCCUUGCAGAGCCAUCCUGUGUUAUUAGCUAACAUGACCCAAGUUGUAACCCACCCACAGUUAUUAAAUUCUCAGUUAACUAGAAGGUACUUUUCAGCUGGUCAAGAUACAGAGGCGAAGUCUGGAUUACCCCAGGAUACCGUGUCAAUCAGUGAUAGCUGUGUUAAGCGCCUCCAGAAAAUCUUGGACAAGGAUGAAUUCCUGAGGGUACAAGUGGAAGGAGGUGGCUGCUCAGGGUUCCAGUAUAAGUUCAUACUGGAUAAAACACUAAACUCAGAUGACAGGGUCAUUGAACAGGAUGGCGUUUGUAUUGUCAUUGAUUGUGACAGUCUGGAGUACCUGAAGGGAGGCACAGUGGACUACAGCGAGGAACUGAUCCGGAGUUCUUUCCAAAUAUUGCACAAUCCGCGGGCAGAGCACGGAUGCUCCUGUGGGAGCUCUUUUUCCAUCAAACUCUGAAGUGUGGCGGCUUAUUCUUCAUCCACCAAGUUUAAAAAAAGUUGCUCACAGAUGUUAAGCCUGACCAAAAAAAAAAACCCAAAUGCUGAGUCAAGCUUAAAACAAAACAAUGUGAUAUUGUAACCUUGUUGAAGAUUACAAAGAGAACAAUUGUGAGCAGAACAUUGGAGUCACAUUAUUUAUACUUUGUAAUGCAAUUGGGCAAGAUAUUUUGAAACAGAAUGUGCUUGCAGCUGCAAGGCUUGCACAAUGUUUUCUUUCCUUUGCAUGAAGGCCUUGUGCUUUUUCAAAUUGAAAUAAUAAGGCAUUAAAUUAUCAAAUCUGAGUUAAAUAAUGUCUCACCCACAGCCCAACGAAAUGGAAAACUGGGUGCAGUGCAUCUUACCUGAAGAAAGAUCCAGUUUUAUGCUUAUCUGCUGGGAAACCUCUUUGGAAAGAUAUGACUUGCUGGUAAAAUGGACUUUCAUCUGAACCUGUAACAAUGGCGUUUACUGCUCUUCAUUCAGAUCCCAGUAAAAUACAUGGCAACAGCCAAGGUUCAACUUUUUAAUUAGAUUUAAGCGCUUUAGGUCGAUCUUGGCUCCAAAAGAUCUAUUACUAAGAUUGGGUAUGUUGAAGAGUUACAGAAUCUUCAUAAUUUUCAAACAUUGUAUUUAUCAGACGGUGUUUCAUAAAGUUGGGUAUUGCCUGA